ACAAACAAAUUACAAAAUAAAAGGCCAUGGCUUACCCAACAAUAGGUGCCACCACCAUAUCUAGUGGCGUCACCGUGGUGGACUGCCAAAAACAAGUUCGCUCAUGGCGUCUUCUUCGCUCUCUCAUAGAACUCCUUAUCCCAUGUUGCAAUGGAACUUUCAUUGAAGACCACCAUAACCAAGCCAAACGACAGCAAAACUUCUUCCAAACCUAUUUUUACUAUCCCGGCCAACCUAGCAAUAAUGUUAUCACGGGGACUAUUUUCGGAUGCCGAAAAGGAAAAGUAAGCUUCUGUAUACAAUCGAAAGCUACUAACAACCCCAUUCUCCUCCUUGAACUUGCCGUCUCAACGCAGACUCUCGCCCGCGAAAUGCGCGGCGGGUUUCUCCGAAUAGCCCUUGAGAGCAAGGUUCCGGUUCCGAACUCUUCGGGUCAUGGUCGUUCCGAUGAUCUCUUGUCGACGCCGGUCUGGACGAUGUACUGUAACGGCCGGAGAGUUGGUUACGCCGUUAAGAGACGGCCGUCGGAGGCUGACAUGGAAGCUCUUAGGCUGAUGGGAUCGGUUGUUGCCGGUGCUGGUGUUAUUAACGGGAAGGAACUUAACCGGGAUGAUGAUGAUGAGCUCAUGUAUCUCCGAGCAAAGUUUGAGAGGGUUUGUGGAUCGGAGAAUUCGGAAUCUUUCCAUUUGAUUGACCCGGACCGGUGCAUCGGCCAGGAGCUAAGUGUGUUCUUUUACCGUUCGCGGUGAUCGGUCCUCGGUCGCCGGCGACAGGUCGACGGCUGAAGGUUGAAUUCUAUAAUUCCCUAAUAGAGUUUUUA